AUGUUAUCGUUGGAUUGCUCAAACUUGCGCCAAUGUCGGGUCGUUGUGGCCAUGGUUGUAUACAUUUCACUCUUUCUUGAUAAUAUGCUGCUUACAGUUAUAGUACCGAUUCUUCCCGACUACCUGGUGCAGUUCCACGACAAAGUACCGGCCAGCAUCAUCUACAAAAACUUCAGCCUGCAUUACGUCCCCAAGCUUAUUGGAGCGGUAAGCCAAGCUGUGGUGGUCGUCCAACCGACAAACCCUCCCACCGCCAGUUCAUUGACGAUGGAGCAAGAGAACGGAUCCAUCGGUAUACUACUGGGUGUGAAGGCUCUCGUGCAGCUGUUGGCCAAUCCCCUGGUUGGAAACGGAACAGCCCGCUUCGGUUACUGCAUACCGAUUACAUUCGGUACCUUUAAUCUGUUGUUGGCAUCACUGAUAUUUGGCUUCGGCACAUCCUACACUUCACUGUUCGUUGCACGCGCCAUCCAUGGCGUUGGAUCGGCGUGUAUUGGCGUGUGUGGCAUGAGUCUUGUGGCGCAACUGUACACCGAACCGGAACGCCGGUCAAAGGUGAUGGGCACAGUACUGGGUGCAAUGGCUGUCGGUGUACUGGUCGGUUAUCCGUUCGGAGGAAUAGCCUACGAAAUGGCUGGCAAAGCUGCACCAUUCCAUGUGCUGGCCGUGCUGUGUGCUGGUAAUUUGGUGCUCCAAUACUUUCAGCUAGAUCUCGGUGCGUUUCGUGCGAAUGCAAUGCCCCACGAAUCAUCCACCACGAUAGAGGACAAGCGAGCGACCUGGUGGCCACUUCUCAGCAAUCCGCUCAUACUGAUCGUCGUGGGAGGCAUCUGGAUUUCAACCUCAGCGAUGGCCAUCUUGGAACCGUGUCUGCCAAUUUGGAUGAUUAGCCAACUGCACCCGAAAAAAUGGCAGCUGGGAACGGUAUUCAUUCCGGACUCCAUCGGUUACUGGUUAGGUACGAACUUUUUCGGUUCGGUGGCCUACCGGUAUGGGCAGAUACGAGUUUCGAUUGUGGCCCUGUUUCUUGUAGGCAGCUCGUGCAUUCUCAUCCCAUCCGCCAACACCGUUACAGGACUGCUGUUGCCCCAUCUAGGCUUAGGAUUAGGAAUCGGAGUGGUAGACGCGGCCUUAGUGCCUCUGCUCGCGACACUGGUCGAUUCACAGCUCAGUAACUAUGUUGAUCAGGGCGUUGGUCUGAGUUUGGAAGAAUCAGGUGGCGAAUAUGGCUAUGGGGCGGUGUAUGCGAUACAACAGAUAGCAGUCAGUCUGGCUUAUUCGCUUGCACCGAUAGUUGGUGGAGAAUUGGUUCCAGUCACCGGCUUUGCUACGGUUUUGCGUGCUCUCGGUGUGCUGAAUAUUCUGUACAUUGCACCGUUGUUAUGUUCCAGUAUCCGUUGCUCAGUGGGAAGUAUAGUGGGAAGUUCAAUGAAACAAAAAGAUUUGCCACUAGCGAGCAGUGAACCUACGAGCUAUAGGCGUUUUUACAACACCCUCGAGUAG